AUGGCACUCAACUGCUACACCUUGUUGGCGCUGCUCGCACUCUGGGUUCCCCUGGCCGUUGUGGCCGGCGACCCGGACAUCCUGGCCGACUUCAUCGUCCCAGCGAGCGCCAACCCGAUGAACCUUACCGGCAACUUCUUCACCUACACCGGCUUCCGCCCCACAAGGUCAGUGACGUCUGGUUUCACCUUGAACAAGGCCACCAUGAUGGAGUUCCCGGCCUUGAACGGCCAAAGCGUGUCCUAUGCCACGCUCACAUUCUCUCCAGGCUCGGUCAACCCCACACACACACACCCGCGUGCCUCCGAGCUGCUGGUCGUCAUCAGCGGCACGCUCUCUGUCGGGUUCAUCGACACCGCCAACAGGCUCUACACCCAGGACCUCGCCACGGGCGACAUGUUCGUGUUCCCCAAGGGGACGGUGCACUACCAGUUCAACCAAGGGAACAGCACCGCCACGGCGCUCUCCGCAUUCGGGAGCGCCACGCCUGGGCUCGUGUCCGUUCCCCUUGCUGUGUUUGAUACCGGCAUCGACAACACCGUCCUCGCCAAGUCGUUCAAGACUGACGAGGCGACCAUCCAGAAGCUCAAGGCUGGCCUGGCUUUCCGGUGCUGUUAACCAAUCGCCUGAUGCCUGCGUACCAUGCUGUGUUCUGAGUUUAAGAUUUAUAUAGUUGCAGACCCCUGCAAAACUGCAACAACCAAAUAUAGGUAAAUAAAAGACAAAGUGGGUGAUCUCAACACUGAAAAUAAGGUUUAUUAUAUCAGGCAAGCAAACCGAUUUAGUACUGUAGUACACAGCACGUCUGUGUCCAGAUACAUUCUGGACUGGGUUCAUGUGAAAUGGCAAUUGAUUUGAUAUGGAAUUGGACUUUAGAAAUACAAUUGCAUUGGCCAAAGAAAAGCAGGUCACCUCUUUUAACCGAAGAAAUACCAGUUCAUUAUAAGCUGACGAAACUUCCAAAGGCUUUGCUCUGACAGUAACUGCAAUUUUCAAAUAAAAGUGUGUGACAGAAAGAUUGCCAAACCAGUGUGUUCUCCCUUCUCUAAGAAGGCAAUCCAUAUAGCAGAGGAGAAAGGCAAAACCAUCAAGGAUCUGGAGUCUGACAAUAGUUGCAUAUAUAAGUUAUAACUUAGAACUUGGUGUUUUCAUCUAAAA